UGCAGUCAAGUCAGUCUUUCUUUGGUCUCUCGCCAUGAGCCGUCGAAGGAUCCAGAGUAGCGGCUCGACUGGGCCGUCGGCCAAGGAGUACAAGUCCGUUUCUGUCGCUUGGCGCGCGGUUGCCAGCUAUGUGGAUGAGCCGACGUCAGUGUUAGAAGCAGCCCCGCGACCAGCUCGAACGCGAGUCGCGAGAUCGAUGCGCCACGAGGAAGAACAACGGAUUCACACAAAGUCAGACGAGGAGGACGAGAACUCUGGAAGCGCGUCUGGCGCCAACUUGGAUGCUGAUUCUGGGUCUAGUGAUGGCGACGACGACGACAACGAGAACGAUGAGGAACGAGAGCGGCAACUUGAAUCCGCUCUGGAGCUCGAAAACCAACUCAGAGCGAUGGGAUUGCCUGCUCAGUUCAAGUCGGCGCCGUCACGGAUGCCGCCGCGGACUGCUGCAUCGCAAAAGCGAAGACUCGAAGUCGAUACCGAGUCCGACGAGGAGGCUGAAGAAUCCAGCCAUCCAAGGCGCAAGCGCGCCAAACGGAGGCGGCGGUUGUCAUCGAAUGGCGCUGUCAAAUCCGUCGGUCCGUUGGUCUGGGAGACUUUUGCCUCCUCAGCAUCAUCAUCAUCGUCAUCAUCAAGAAGCAACAGUGAUGUGAGCAGCCAAAGCUCUGACGACGACGACGAAGACGAAGAUCAGCUCGUGCCGCUACCCUCCCACAAGCCGCCGGAAAUCGCCGAUACAUGCGCCCAGAGCAGCAAUGUCGCCAUCAUCGACGCAACCAACAUGUCUUCGAGCAAAAAGCGAAGGCAGCGACGGAAAGCACAACUUGCGGCGAAUGCGGAAAAGCUGCUCCGGGAUGAGCAAGCGCUGCAGCUGCCUUCCACCUGCGCCAAACCUCCCCAUAGCAAGUACUGGUUCCAAAGAUACCGCUUGUUUUCAAAGUUCGAUGAAGGCGUGAUGAUGGACGAAGAAGGCUGGUACUCUGUCACGCCCGAGGUCAUCGCAGCCCACAUUGCUUGGCGCUGCGCCGCCGGCGUGGUCGUGGACGCCUUUUGUGGAGUUGGCGGGAACACAAUCCAGUUUGCCCUCUCCAGCCACUUUGUUAUUGCUAUCGACAUUGAUCCUCGCAAGAUUGAGUGUGCACGCCACAACGCCCGACUCUACGGCGUCGAGGACCGGAUUGAGUUUAUUGUCGCCGACUUUUUCGCCGUCGCCCCAAGGCUACGCGCUGAUGUCGUGUUUCUCAGCCCUCCCUGGGGAGGACCAUCGUACCUCGAGAAGGAAGUAUUUGCGUUGGAAGACAUGCUUCCGCGACAUGGGGCAGAAAUCUUCCGCGCAGCGCAGUCCAUAUCGCCCAAUAUCGCAUACUUUGUUCCAAGAAACACUGGUCUCGAGCAGUUGGCUGAACUGGCUGGUCCAGAAGGUCACUGCGAACUGGAGCACAACUAUCUGCAUCACAAGGUCAAAACCAUCACCGCGUACUACGGAGCGCUUGUCACAGAUCCGGGAAUUACAGAGACUGAAUCGUACGGCGAAGAUACGUGGCAAGCAGGCAACCAGGACGAUGCAGCUGCUGAAACGGCCGCGGAAUCUUGA